CCAGUGACCAUAAUCCAUGCGAUUCUAUUUUAUAUUUCGUUGUAUUAAAAGAAAAAACAUGUAAUAAAAAAGUAAUAUAUAUCAAUUCAAUUCUACAAAGAAGAAAAUCAGAAUAGAAAGUGUUUUAUUCACUGUCAUCAAUCACGUGAUUGGCAAGUUUUUGACGUAUCAUCAGUAUUUAUUGAAUGAUGUGGCGUUAAGUAAUUACAGUGGAAGAAGCUAAGGUGCGUCGAAGAUUAAACGAAGGUGAAUUGAAGCAGAUGGCGGCAACGUUGAGUCUUCCUAUCGUAGACCUCGCUUCACCCAAUCGUGUUUCCGCCGCCAAUUGCAUCCGUCAGGCAUGCAUUGAGUAUGGUUUCUUUUACCUCGUGAACCACGGAGUGGACACCAAGUUUGUGAGGGAAGUGUUUGAUCACAGCGCCAAGUUCUUCUCACUUCCACUCCAACAAAAAAUGGACUUUGCCCGCAAGGAAUAUCGGGGUUACACUCCUCUCUAUGCUGAGACUCUUGAUACUUCACUGUCCAAAGGGGAUCUGAAAGAGAGUUAUUACAUUGGUUCUUUGGAAGAUACCACUGGUGUUCAUCUGAAUCAGUGGCCUUCUGAAGAAUUACUGCCGAAUUGGAGACCUACAAUGGAAUCCCUACUCUGGAAACUGCUGGCAGCUGGAAAAGAGUUGAUGUCUCUAAUUGCCCUGUCCUUGAAUCUGGAUGAAGAUUACUUUGAGAAGAUAGGAUCCUUGAGCAAACCAGAAGCUUUUCUUCGCCUUUUGCACUAUCCAGGUGAAUUGGGAUCUGAUGAAGAGAUCUUCGGUGCCUCUCCUCAUUCAGAUUAUGGCAUGGUCACUCUCCUAAUGACUGAUGGGGUUCCAGGACUGCAGAUCUGCAAGGAGAAGUUCAAGCAACCUCAAGUCUGGGAGAAUGUGUCUCAUGUAGAAGGGGCCUUAAUAGUAAACAUUGGGGACUUGAUGGAGAGGUGGACAAAUUGUUUAUACCGGUCAACACUUCACAGGGUUAUGCCGACAGGGAAAGAGCGUUAUUCUGUCGCAUUCUUCUUGGACCCGCCCUCAGACUGUGUGGUGGAAUGCCUUGAAAGUUGCUGCAGCAAAUCAUCUCCUCCAAGAUUCCCUCCAAUACGUAGUGGGGACUACUUGAAUGAGCGGUUCAGACUCACAUAUGGUUCUGAAAGGGAUCUAAAAUGCUCUCUAUUCAGUUAAAGAACUAAAAGGCUGCAAACACAAAUAUGAAAAUAUGUGGACUACGGAGGCUAUUCAGAAAACUCUGCUUCAAUUUAAAUGUUGCAAAAUGUGGUCUAUGACACUGUGACUUUGUUUACAUGGUCGUUGCCAUAUGAGAUGGAGCCUAUUAUUAAUGCUUUGUUGUUGAUAUUAUAGUUAUGGGAAAAUAUAUUAUUUAAGCUGCUAGUCUGCAAUACUUAUUUAGUUAUUUCCAUAUACAUUUUGUCCUUAAAAAUUGAAAUUCUUAAUUUCUUAUGCCUUCGU